GGAAGCAGAAGGGGAGGGCAGAGGAGUGAGAGGAGGUGGGACUGGGAAACAGAUGCUGGCACAGCAGUGCAGCAUGUAAGCCCCCACCCCCUGCCUCAUCACAGCCCCUCCCACUCCCUGCCUCUCUGUCGCUCCCUCACUUAGUUUUGGUCCCUCUCAUAAUCUUUGCCCACUAUCUGACCACACAGAGAGGUUUGAGAGCGCUGUCUCUCUCUGGGUUCUUCUGCUGUUAUUCUUCGAAUCAUGGGAUAGAAGCAGCUUUUUAUUUUCGUCCCAGGGGUUUCUUCUCAGAUUUGGACUAUGACUGUGGAGCUCUCUGUACACUUUUCCUCCCCUCUCCUCUGGGUAUUACCACAGGAAUAGUGCGUGUGCUUCUGUGUGUGUCCGUCCAGCAUGAUGCCUGCUUCUGAUAGUCUUGAUUUGAGCAGCAGGAUUGGAUCAUCAUGAGAGGGGGCCACCACCAGCGAGGCUGUGGGUGUCAGCACCUGUUCAGAAAACUGCUCAGCAAAUGUGGCUGCUGCUUUGUUCGAGUUAGAGCAGAGUCUUACUCUGUGGCGGGCAGCACCGGCAGUAUCACCCCGUCAGUGGGCCCUGUGCCCCACCAGGCCUCAGGCAGCUCCAGCCCCUGCUCGUCUGGAGGAUCACGGCACCCUGUCAGCGCCCUCAAGAAAUGGCUCACCAAUCCCGUCCGCAAGCUGAACUCCGAUGCCAGAGGAGGAGCGGGAAAAGUUGAGAAGCAGAUGUGCAGGUCAGACAGGAGACGAACGCCAUCGCUCCUUUCCCACAGUGAAACUCAGCCGAGGCCUCUGGAACCGCACAACAACUACACUAUCCUCCCGCCUGGAGACACGGUGUCGAAAGACGGACUGUUGAGUCCAGAAGCUCCUUCUCCAGCACAACCACCCUGUCAGAGCUACUUAUCUGACCUCCUGCAAGGCACACGGACUCUAAGUCAAAAAUCGAGCAUCAACACUCUCCAAGGGGAAGACAGCAGCAGUGUGAUGGAUGACUCAGCCAGUCAGUGGUCGGCCACAGUGGACAGUGAAGAGGACAGAAGCAUUGCCUUAGAGAAGAGCAUAUAUGUGCUGACAGAGCUGAUAGAGACAGAAAGGUUGUAUGUGGAAGAUCUCGGACUCAUAGUGCAGGGCUACAUGGGCACCAUGACCAAUCAGGGAGUUCCCGAGGACCUGAAAGGGAAGGACAGGAUUGUGUUUGGAAACAUCCACCAGAUCUAUGACUGGCAUAAAGAUUAUUUCCUGGGAGAGCUGGAGAAAUGUGUGGGUGAUCCAGACAGCCUGGCCCAGCUCUUCAUCAAACAUGAACGCCGUCUUCACAUGUAUGUGGUUUACUGUCAGAACAAACCCAAAUCAGAGCACAUUGUCUCUGAGUUCAUUGAGACAUACUUUGAGGAUCUCAGGCAGCAGUUGGGUCACAGGCUGCAGCUUAAUGAUCUGCUCAUCAAACCUGUUCAGAGGAUCAUGAAAUAUCAACUGCUGCUCAAGGACUUUCUGAAGUAUUACAACAAAGCAGGAAGAGAUGUUGAAGAACUGCAGAGGGCGGUGGAGGUGAUGUGUUUCGUGCCAAAACGCUGUAAUGAUAUGAUGAACGUGGGCAGGCUUCAAGGUUUUGAGGGGAAAAUCACGGCUCAGGGGAAGCUGCUCCAGCAGGAUACCUUCUCGGUCAUCGAGCAGGAAAGCGGCUUCCCGUCCAGAGCGAGGGAGAGGAGGGUCUUCCUGUUUGAGCAGCUGGUCAUCUUCAGUGAGCCGAUUGAUAAGAAAAAGGGCUUCUCUUUGCCAGGGUACACUUUUAAAAACAGCAUCAAGGUCAGCUGUUUGGGCGUGGAGGAGCACUCUGAGAAUGAUCCGUGCUCUCUGGUCCUGACCUCCCGCGGGACUGACGGCAGCGUGACGUGCUUCAACAUGCAGGCAUCAUCUCCGGAAAUACAGCAAGCUUGGCUCGACGACGUGGUGCAGAUCUUAGAGACUCAGAGGAACUUCCUUAAUGCCCUGCAGUCUCCGAUAGAGUACCAACGCAGGGAAAGCAAGUCAAACAGCCUGGGCAGGAACGUGAAGUCUCCCACUGCGUCAGCACCCGGCCUGCGACCUCACUCUUCUGCAUCCAUGGAGCGACGACAGCCGCCCUGCCUGCUGACCUACAACACCUCCCUGCCCUCUCUGCAUCCUCCACACCACAGCCCGGCCUUGAAGGUGCUUUCUAAUCCCUGUGCUGCGACACCUCGAGCAGCUCUCCCUCCACUUCCCUCCCACCAGCAGCUCAGUUUGAGCACAGAGGUGACACCCGCCCACCAGACAUCCAACGGCCUGCCAGCCUGCAGCCAGCUCAGCAUGCAGGGUGUGAUGGCCAGUUUCCACGAGACCACACUACACGAGGGUGCACAUCGGCUGAAUAGCCUGGAUCAGCUGAAGGAGAGCGAGCAGUAAAAUGAGCUGCGGUGACAAAUGGACUCACUUUACCUUUCAGGAGAAGGAGUGCCUCGACUGAGUCAGAGUGCUCUUUGUUUCACUCCUGUACAUCAAGGUCUCAGUGUUUUCUUAACAUUUUGUCCUAAAUUUUCCUCAAGAUUUCCUUCAAAUACCACCAUAGUUUGGACAAACCUGGAUUUGAUCUUGUAUAAUCAUAGUGUUUUGCUGGUGUGUGUGCGUACUCUGCAUAUACAGGUGAGAUUAAAUGUUUGAAAAUAUGGUUUUGAAGCACCACAGAGACAGAGACUAUACUUCAUGUUGUAUAUGUAUACAUUUCUUACUUUUUCCAUUGAAAACCCAUGGAUGGAUAUUUUUGUAAUGCAUAAUAUUUUCAUAAGGGACCAAUUCCACUUUAUUCCCUCUGAGAUCUCAAAUCCCUUUACGCAGUCUGUGUUCUCAGAUGACAGCGUCCUUGAAACCGCUGCAGGUUCCAGCUCCAUGGUGGGAUCUGAAUUCAUACGAGUCGUUCUGUUUGUCUGUGCGUUCCCUGCAGAUUAGCAAAUAGCUGUGUUUUCCCCUUUGGUGGGCUAUUUUAACCCCACCAUUGUUAGACUGUUAUCUGAACCAAACACAUUUGCAAACUCACACAGAGCAUGUGUCCUAAUCGAGCAGAAAGAGGAAAAAGGGAACAAAGAUAGAACAGAGGUGCUCACCUGUCACUGUCAUCUUGAAUGUAAAAAAAUCUCAUGUGGGAUCGAAUCAAUAAAGCUUUUUGACCUGUGGCGUCCUGAUACAUGAACCAGAAAUAAAGAGAAAUGCUAUUCAGAUAUUUGUCAUCCUUUUUUGAAAAUAUUUUAAAGAUGCUGUAUGUUGCAGAAAAAGCUUCCUCACAUGCUUUCCAGCCAUGGAGGGAUGAGACAACAGGCCCCUUGGUAUUUAGAUGUAAAACAACCCCCCAACCUUCAUACAGCUGCAUCUCAAUGCAUUAGAAUAUCAUUGAACAGUCCAUUUCCAGUAGUUCAAGUCAAAUAGCCCCAACCAAGUAUUCAGUGCAUAUAGAUGGACAUACUUUUCAGAGGCCAACAUUUCCAUAUUAAACAUACUUUUUAAAAUUGGUCUUUUGUAAUAUUCAAUUAUCUUUGAGACACUGAAUUUUAGGCCUUCAUUAAAUGUAAGCCAUAAUCAUUAUAAUUAGAGGAAAUGAAAUAAAUUACAUCCAGUCUGUGUGUAAUGGAUUUAUAUAAUGUGUUAUUUCCACCUUUUGAAUUGAAUUACUGACAUAAAUAAACUUUUCUAUGAUGUUCUAACUUUUUGAGAUGCACCUCUAUAUGGGAACAAGACUGUGACUGUUUUUCUUCUCUUUGUGUCUCUUUUUUGCAUUUAUUUUCAGUAAUUUUGUGCGUGUAUUAGUUGUCUUGCACCUCUUUGUAAUCAUGCAACAUUUUGUGUCUUUUGAGUUGUUUUGCAUCUCCUUGUAGUCCCUUUGUGUCCCUUUGCGGUCGCUGUCCAUCUCUUUGUAAUUUUGCUUCUCCUGGUCGCUGUUUUGCAUCUUUUUGUUGUCAUGCAACAUUUACAUCUUGUGUAGUUUUUGCAUCUCCCUGCAGUCAAUCUGUGUCUCUUUGUGGCCCCCUUUGUGACUCUCUAUGGUUGUUUUGUGUCUCUUUGUAGUUGUUUGAGUGACUUUGUAGCUAGAAAUAUUAACAUCAUCCAUCUCAAGCAGAGGUCCUGCCCAAAGAGCCCUUGGGGCUGGU